AUGGAGGACAGGCAGAGCGGCAGCAGACGCUCCUCGGCUCAGUACCAGUCCUCUCCGGACACGCCCUGGAGAGCCAUGGUGGAGUACCUGAAGAACGUCCUGCACAACACGGUGUCCCUGAAGGUCCGGGAGUGGGUCAAGGACUACUGCAGGAAGAACGGCCUGCUGACCCUGUCCGUUCUGGCCGUGGUGACCGGCUGCGUGGUGGGCUUCAUGCUGAGGAGUCUGAACUUGUCCACUCAGGCCAAGAUCUACUUCUCCUUCCCGGGAGAGCUGCUGAUGAGGAUGCUGAAGAUGCUCAUCCUUCCUCUCAUCACGUCCAGUUUAAUGUCCGGUCUGUCGGCCAUGGACACCAAGGCCAGCGGGCGUCUGGGUCUGCUGACCAUCACCUACUACCUGUGGACCACCUUCAUCGCUGUGAUUGUGGGGAUUAUCCUGGUUCUGGUGGUCCAUCCUGGGACAGGAACCGAGAAGGAAGGACACAGAGCCUCGGGGGGGCCGGUCAUGACCUCCGCAGAUGCUCUGCUUGACCUCAUCAGGAACAUGAUCCCUUCCAACCUGAUAGAAGCCACCUUUCAACAGUACAAAACGGAUCUGGUGCCUAACGUCAAGAGCAUCCCGCUCGACUCCCAAGCCAACUAUGUUUACAUCAUGCCGGAUUAUGAUAACCCUAAAAUGGGCCACCCGGUGUUUCUGGAGCUGACCCCCGCUCCGGAGAUCCACUACAAGGUGGUUCCAGGGAAAAGCAGCCAGAUGAACGUCCUCGGCAUCGUCAUCUUCUCCGCCACGAUGGGUCUGCUGCUGGGCCGGAUGGGUGAGAGAGGAUCUCCGCUGGUCAACGUCUGUCUCUGCAUCAACGAGUGUGUGAUGAAGAUCAUCAACGCUGCCAUGUGGUAUUUCCCGUUUGGUAUCGUGUUCCUGGUGGCAGGGAAGAUUUUGGACAUGCAUGAUCCGGUCAUCCUGGCAGAGAAGUUGGGGAUGUACUUUAUGACCGUCCUGGCCGGCCUGUUUGUGCACGGAGUCAUCCUGCUGCCCAUGUUCUUCUUCCUCUUCACCAAGAAGAACCCCUUCAGCUACAUCCGCGGCCUGCUCCAGGCGCUGGUCAUCGCGCUGGCCACUUCAUCCAGUUCAGCCACUCUGCCCAUCACAAUGAAGUGUUUGUUGGAGAACUGCCAUGUGGACCGUAAAAUCGCUCGGUUUGUGCUGCCCGUAGGAGCCACGAUCAACAUGGACGGAACGGCCCUGUAUGAGGCCGUGGCUGCUAUUUUCAUCGCCCAGGUCAAUGAGUACGAGCUGGACUUUGGACAGCUAGUGACCAUCAGUAUUACGGCUACAGCCGCAAGUAUCGGAGCAGCCGGGAUCCCGCAGGCUGGCCUCGUUACCAUGGUGAUCGUCCUCACCUCGGUGGGGUUACCACCUGAUGACAUCACACUUAUCGUUGCCAUCGAUUGGAUCCUAGAUCGGUUCCGCACCAUGAUCAACGUUCUGGGGGACGCGCUAGCUGCAGGAAUCAUGGCCCACCUGUGCAGGAAAGACUUCCAGCCCAAUGCCCCCAGAAACAACGAUCAGAGGAGAGAUACGGUCACCUCCUACUACGGAAACCAGAGUGUGCAGAGCAUCCCCUCCUCCGAGGUGCCUCUGAUCGCCAACCGAGACUACAUCCUGGAGGUGGUGGGCGACCAGGUGAUAGAGAGACCCACCGCUUACUACAACCUCUGCCAAGUCUGA